AUGAAUAUGGAGCUCAUACCAGGUCUUCCAUACGAUGUUGGACUUGAAUGUCUGAUCAGGGUUCCAUAUAACCACUUCUCAUCUGUUGCAUCUGUCUGCAGGAAUUGGAGUCAUCAGAUUAACGAGCCCGAAUUUUGGCGCCACCGAAAAUCUGCUGGAUUGACCCAAAAAGUCAUUAUCAUGGCACAAGCCAGGACUGACUCGAACCUGAAACUCAGGGUUAACAAGUAUUCCGGUGCCCCAGUUUACCGGCUUACGCUUUUUGAACCGAAAACAGGUUACUGGGCCGAGCUGCCAAUGAUACCCGAGUACUCAGAUGGGUUGCCUAUGUUCUGUCACGUAGUCGGAGUAGGGGUUAACCUGGUGGUGAUUGGUGGGUGGAACUCGGUCACUUGGGAGGUUUUGAAUACUGUUUUCAUCUAUAAUUUUGCUUCUGCCACGUGGAGACGAGGUACUGACAUGCCAGGUUGCAGAAGAUCAUUCUUUGCAUGUGCGUCUGAUUCUGAUCGGAUGGUUUUUGUGGCAGGUGGACAUGACACAAAGAAGCGUGCUAUGAAAUCCGCCAUGGCGUAUGACUUGUUGACCAACACGUGGGUCUUAUUACCUGACAUGGCAAGAGAAUGUGAUGAAUCAAAAGGAGUCAUCCAUCGUGGCAAAUUCCAUGUCAUCGGUGGGUACCACACCAGUAUGCAAGGAAGGUUUGAGUGUAGCGCCGAAGAAUUCGAUGUUACAACUUGGCAAUGGGGUCCAGUUCAAGAGGACUUCCUAAAUACUGCCACAUGUCCAAGGAAUUGUGUGGAUGGUGGCAACAUGCUGUUGUACAUGCCUCGGGAAACCAUCAUGGCAGCACGACAAGGUUCCACAUGGCAAGAUGUGGCAGAGCUACCAGCCGAUGUCCGGAGGGUUAACCUGGUGGUGAUUGGUGGGUGGAACUCGGUCACUUGGGAGGUUUUGAAUACUGUUUUCAUCUAUAAUUUUGCUUCUGCCACGUGGAGACGAGGUGGACAUGACACCAAGAAGCGUGCUAUGAAAUCCGCCAUGGCGUAUGACUUGUUGACCAACACGUGGGUCUUAUUACCUGACAUGGCAAGAGAAUGUGAUGAAUCAAAAGGAGUCAUCCAUCGUGGCAAAUUCCAUGUCAUCGGUGGGUACCACACCAGCAUGCAAGGAAGGUUUGAGUGUAGCGCCGAAGAAUUCGAUGUUACAACUUGGCAAUGGGGUCCAGUUCAAGAGGACUUCCUAAAUACUGCCACAUGUCCAAGGAAUUGUGUGGAUGGUGGCAACAUGCUGUUGUACAUGCCUCGGGAAACCAUCAUGGCAGCACGACAAGGUUCCACGUGGCAAGAUGUGGCAGAGCUACCAGCCGAUGUCCGGAGUACAUCUUAUAUGACAGCAUGGCAAGGAAACCUAUUUGUUAUUGGAUCGGGAGGAUUUGGUGCGCCACAUAAGGGGUACCUACUGGAUUUGAAGAGUUACAAGUGGGAAAAAGUUGACAUAGCAGAAAAUUUCUCCGGUCAUGUUCGAUCAGGAUGCUGCUUGAAAUUAUAA